AUGCCUCUGACAGAUGAAGGAGUUUGUAAUGAAAUCACCCGGUACCGGGAUACAAAUAUGCAAGGCGUUGUGUACGAACUAAACAGCUAUAUAGAACAACGGUUGGAUACGGGAGGAGACAACCAGCUACUGCUCUAUGAAUUGAGUAGACUCAUCAAAAUAGCCACAAAGGCAGAUGGAUUUGCACUGUAUUUCCUGGGAGACUGCAAUAAUAGUCUAUGUAUGUUCACACCACCUGGAGUAAAGGAAGGAAAACCACGACUCAUCCCAGCUGGGCCAAUUACCCAUGGUACAACAAUAUCUGCUUAUGUAGCCAAAUCAAGGAAAACAAUGCUAGUAGAAGAUAUCCUUGGGGAUGAACGAUUUCCCAAAGGUAUUGGACUGGAAUUAGGGACACGUGUCCAGUCUGUUCUUUGUUUACCAAUUGUCACUGCGAUUGGUGACCUCAUUGGAAUCCUUGAACUGUAUCGGAACUGGGGCAAAGAAGCUUUCCGUAUCUGUCACCAAGAGGUUGCAACAGCAAAUCUUGCCUGGGCCUCAGUAGCAAUACAUCAAGUACAAGUAUGCAGAGGCCUUGCCAAACAGACUGAAUUGAAUGACUUCCUACUUGACGUAUCAAAGACCUAUUUUGAUAACAUAGUUGCAAUAGAUUCUCUACUUGAACACAUAAUGAUAUAUGCAAAAAACUUGGUGAAUGCAGAUCGUUGUGCACUUUUCCAGGUAGACCAUAAGAACAAAGAAUUAUAUUCAGACCUUUUUGACAUUGGGGAAGAAAAUGAAGGGAAGCCUGUCUUUAAGAAGACCAAAGAAAUAAGAUUUUCAAUUGAUAAAGGAAUAGCUGGUCAGGUGGCUAGAACAGGGGAGGUCCUUAACAUCCCAGAUGCCUAUGCAGACCCACGCUUUAACAGGGAAGUAGACCUAUACACAGGUUAUACUACACGGAAUAUUCUGUGUAUGCCUAUUGUGAGUCGAGGGAGUGUAAUCGGCGUUGUGCAGAUGGUGAACAAAAUCAGUGGAAGUGCCUUCUCCAAAACUGAUGAAAACAACUUUAAAAUGUUUGCAGUAUUUUGUGCUUUAGCCUUACACUGUGCUAAUAUGUAUCAAAGAAUUCGACAUUCAGAGUGCAUUUACCGAGUAACCAUGGAAAAGCUUUCCUAUCACAGCAUAUGUACUGCAGAAGAAUGGCAAAACCUCAUGCAUUUCACAGUCCCAGCAAACCUCCACAAAGAAAUUGAAUUGUAUCAUUUUGAUAUCAGUCCUUUUGAGGAAAUGUGGCCUGCCAUUUUUGUCUACAUGGUACAUCAGUCCUGUGGGACAGCCUGCUUUGACUAUGAAAAGUUAUGUCGUUUUAUUAUGUCUGUUAAGAAAAACUAUCGACGAGUUCCUUAUCACAACUGGAAACAUGCAGUUACUGUGGCACACUGCAUGUAUGCCAUACUUCAGAAUAAUCAAGGGCUUUUUACAGACCUUGAGCGAAAAGGACUUCUGAUUGCAUGCCUGUGUCAUGACCUGGACCACAGGGGAUUCAGUAAUAGCUACCUUCAGAAGUUUGAUCACCCUUUGGCAGCUCUCUAUUCCACCUCAACCAUGGAGCAGCACCACUUUUCGCAGACAGUAUCCCUUCUACAGUUGGAAGGGCACAAUAUCUUCUCCUCUCUGAGCUCCAGUGAAUAUGAGCAGGUGCUGGAGAUCAUCCGCAAAGCCAUCAUCGCCACAGACCUUGCUCUGUACUUUGGGAACAGAAAGCAGUUGGAGGAGAUGUACCAGACAGGAUCGCUAAACCUUAAUAAUCAAGCACAUAGAGACCGGGUAAUUGGUCUAAUGAUGACUGCUUGUGACCUUUGUUCUGUAACAAAGCUGUGGCCAGUUACAAGACUGACAGCUAAUGACAUAUAUGCAGAGUUCUGGGCUGAGGGUGAUGAAAUGAAGAAAUUUGGAAUCCAGCCUAUCCCUAUGAUGGACAGAGACAAAAAGGAUGAAGUACCUCAAGGCCAACUCGGCUUCUACAAUGCUGUAGCAAUUCCCUGUUAUACUACCCUUAUGGAGAUCUUUCCCCCUACUGGACCCCUGCUCCGGGCUUGCAGGGAUAAUCUUGGCCAAUGGGAGAAAAUAAUUAGAGGAGAGGAAAGUCUUAUAUGGCUUCCAAACCAGACAGGAACUCCAGAGACCUCUAGCUCACUGCCUUUGAAGAUUGAUCAACAAUGAUUAUUAGUUUUUGCCUGAAGGCUUCAUCCUCAUCCCUCUCUUUUUUAUAUUAUUUUAUUUUAUGGAAGGAGCAUGAAACAGAAAAAAAAAAGCCACACCUGCUAAGUGGGACAAUCGUUUCAAGGAAGGUAACAUCAAGGAGAUAUCUCAACUGGGUGACUACCUACCAGUCUCAUCUGUGAUGUACUGUAAACAGUGAGAAACUUGGACUACUCAUUCAUGUUUUGGGAUCAGCUGUCCUAGUAAACUCUAUAUGACUUGCAAAGUGGCCUUUUCUUAUAGGCUUUUGCUGAAGCCUUAAUUUAAAACUGAAGAAAAUUAUACCACGGGGGUACUUUUUAAGUUGUUGCUUUCUAGAGAAGGUUUAAAAUGGUACUUUUAUUGUAUUGUUCUUUGGCAGGCUUUCACAAUGAUGUUGCUUGGAAGUUCUUGGUUAUAAAUAGGAAUUUUUACACAUUACUAUGGUGAAUGUUUAUGUGUGAUCUACUUAUAAUCAGUUUGACCUCUAGCAGAAAACCACUGAGGCUCUAGUACAUGGAGUUUCUUUCUGCAGUCAGGAGUGGGAGAAAACCAGUUUCCAGGUUCAGAGCUCUGAAACCCAUUUUAAUCAGUGAUUCCAGCUGACUGUUGCAUGCCAGCAGUUGCAGGUUAGGAGAGCUUAACUUUCGAUAUCAUCCACUUUAUUUUUUCUAAACACCAAAACUUGGGUAGAACCUUGAACAAAGUCUCAUUUACUUCAUAGCAAGCCUAGAAAUAAUUUAUUUUUCCUUUUUUUAAAGUUGUACUAGAGAAUAAAUUCAUCUGGCCUUCUCAUCCGAAGACUCAAAUUUAGUGGGUGUAUUGAACAGAAAAAGAAAGAAAGGGGAUAAUUUCCAACCAGCUUGCCCUGUUGAACACAAAUGUAUUCUCUUUUAUAGUGAGAGAAUCUUUUUUGUAACCGGUUUCACAAAUGUUGUCCAUUUUCAGACACAUUUCCCAACUCAAAAAAUACUCAUGCAAAUGGUCUCCAAAUGCCAGACAUUUUUUUUUUAAUUCACCUACUGAUUUACUGAUCACCAGAACUUUUGAUCCACAGCUUUCUUUGCCCAUUUGGCAAUUUUCUUGUGAGACAAUAGUAAUGCCCAUGUAUUUUUAUCAACAUAUACUUGUGGGAGCAACACAGAAGAGCCACAGACACCUGUUUCUUUAUUACUGCAUACCAGUUUUGUAACCAAACUUCAAGUGGAAAGAUCCAUAGGUUUUGGUGGCAUAUUGUUAUAUAGUCUUUUGUUGAAUUGAAAAUCACUGUUCAUGGUACCAGUUAAGAAAAGAAAGCACAACUCCAAAACACUUUGGACCAGAUUUUGUGUGAUUUUUGAGUAGUUUACUGAGGAAAUGUUAGCCAAACACUUUGAGAGUGAGUGCUGAGGGACACUUGAGUUAUUAAAGAUGCUGAGAAAGCAUUUAGCACAAUGCUACAAACUGACAAAGGGUCAGCCUGCUUCCAGACCUGACAGGCUUGCUUAAAGUAAGUACCAUUUACUUGAAAAGAAAUCAGAGUAUUUAUUUUAAUUUAAUAAGUUUUAAAAUACCAUCUUUAUAAUAUCAGUUACACCCACAUUUUUAUAUGUAGAGGAGCUUUGCAUAUUAAAAAUGGAAAAACAUAACUUUGUAGGAAGACUUAGAGGGUUAUUGUGAAAGUAAUGAGAUGGAGUCCACAGGUUGCCCAUGAAAAUCAGUCUCAUUGCCAUAUUACCAAGCCACUUCCCCAUUUGUUGGUUUCUGAACUUCACUUUCCAAUUCUCCAGUCUCCAAGUCUCUCUAGAAUUCCCAUUUAUAGUUCACCUGUGGAAUCUAUUUCCCAUAAACCAAAGGAAACACAGGAGCAUCACUGUGAUUAAAGAAACAAAAUUGAUGUGUUAAGAAGAUGAUAAAAUCCAAUUUAUUCUUUGAGAAGAGCUGUUUUAAAAUUUAUGGGAAAUUUAUAAAGUCUAAAAAGGGAUUGGAUCAAAAUUGAGAAAAGCCUUAAGUAUAAAGAGCAUCAUGUACAUAUGAAAGCUUUGUAACAGCGUCCUGCAAAAGGCCUUUACUCCUCCAGGAGUAAUUUAGUGAUUUUUGUCAUCAAGAAUUAUUAACAAAAAAGAAUUCAUCAAAGUAUUGUAUUUGAAUUAAAAGCUACUGAAGGACGCAAGUGAUUGGUAUCUCUCAAUCUUAGAAAAACUUGACUGUUUCUCUUUCUGACAGUCAGUACUGAAAAUAGUCUUAAUCACUUUGCUGUAGGUAGCAGGGACACUUCCUAGGUUGAAAAUCUCAUCAGUAGCUAUAUGAAAUAUAGAUUUGGCUGUUUGUUAGCUGAUUCUUUGCAAAUACUGUUCCAAGAGAGAGAAUUUGGCAAAAGACCAAAUGAUAAACUUUAGAAGUUUGAAAUACUACUUUUAGGGCAUUCCAGACUACCAAGGUCUCAUAGGUUUGUCAAAAAAAAAUUUUUAUAACGCAAAUACUGUAAUAUUUGGUUAACAUGUUGUUUUGGAAAAAAUGAAGUCCAGGGGUAUUUUUACACUUUGCCAGAAGUUGUCCCAGUACUUGACAGGCAGGCUUGCUGAGCUCUGUUUCCCAUCUUUCUCUCGGCUCUUAAAGGGCAUUGCAUUGCAAUGCCUGUAGCCAGCCAGAUGCCUUUUAUUACCAGAAGUUUUGAUGUGCUUCUCUGUAGAGGAAUACUUUCUAUUUGGCCAAUUUUCCCUUGUGGAGUAUGAAUUAAGGACAUAGCUGUGGAUAUAUGGAGUGUUUCGAAGGUUGCAGAAAAUUAUAUUGAUUACAAUGAGGUACAAAUCAAGCAGUUUUCUUGUCACAUAGAAUGUGUUUGAUACUAUCUUUCCAGGUGUUGUAAACAUUUUUUUUAAAAACCAGAAGAUUUUUUGGACAAAUUAAUGCAUAUCCAUGCAAGCUUCAAAGAUUAAAGUCAAACAAAAGGAAACCCUAAACUGAAAGACAGAAAUAUUAUCAAUCAGCCUUUCAGAGAGAAACCAGGUUGAAUUAAAUAAAUGUUUGCUCUAAGAGAAAAUGGAGCAUUUUCUGAGUAACAAUUGCUAAACUGCCUUAUUCAUCAACAGCAAAACAAAACAAAAAACAAACGAACAAAAGUAACAAUUGAUUGUGAUCCCUGGGCCCAGUGCAAUUUGACUUUACCUUUGAAAAUCCACACCCACUUCUCUUCUUCAUCUCUACCUACUUGUCUAGCCCCCACCACUAGUCUUCCACUCCAAAUGAAAAGAAAAAAAAAGUUUCUAUGAAUUAUUUCUACAAGCGGUGCCAGAGCUGCAAAAAAUUACAGCUAGAAGCCAGAUUUUUCUUGAAACGCCAUGCACUUUUUGGGAUAUUUUUAAUUUGAAAUAACCAGGUCCUAAUAUGGUUUUUUUAUUUUGGCCACAUUCAAGCACCCUCAGUAUGUUGGUGCAUAAUACUGAUAUUUAGUAAUCAUACCAUACACAAAGCAUGCUGAAACAAAGCUUUUUCAGCAGGGUCUGUAUAGAUUUGGGUUUGCAUAUUUUCUGAAGUGAUCUUACUUGUUAUUAAGAGUCCUAAUAGGGCCAGACUGUUCAUUCAUACUGCCCCCCAUGCCCCCCCCAAAAAGAAAAGCAUAACUCACAACUGUUCCCUACAACUUUACAUAUUCAUAUGAAUGAAUGAAAAUUUAUGAAGUAUUAAAUUUGUCAAGCACUGUGCUUAGCUGGCUAGGGAAUGUAAAUAGAAAAAAAAUAGUCUCUCUAGGAGCUUAUACUUUAAUUGGAGAAAACAGCACAGAAAAGAUUGAGUCUGUAGGGAGAUAAAAAAGCCAGGAAGUCCAAUGGGUACAGCAGUGGGGGUGAUGUCUAGGUCCAGGGUUCCUUAGACCACAUAUGUAGGUCUGAUGAUACUUCCCAGGGUCUGUAGGGCAUAGAUGGUAAGAGAUGCAGGAACUUAGGGAGUAGUAACACAGUAAUAGGUGGUAUAAGACCUGCUGGUGUUCCAUCUCACCAGGGGGAAGAGAGCAUUGAACACUCAUCUCACCCAUAAGCUGCCACAGCCCACCCAAAGAGGGGAAGCAAGGGGAAGAGGACUCCCCAGCUGUAUUAACUGUGUUCAACCCUAAUAAAGGCUUUUUAAAGGGAUAAAAAUGGUUAUUUAAUGAGUAGGGUGAUUCUUUUAACAGGCUUUUAUUUAACUUCAAACAUUCCUGUGUUAUCACCUAUGAUUGUAAACAGUGGACUGGAGGCUAUUCAGACUGAGUAAAUUACACAGAAACUUCCAGGAACUGUGAUUUUAAUUAAGAUGUGAUCUUGUUGGGUUUCAGGUACGCACGUAAACAUUAAGUUCUGAAAAUCUUGUAUUUCAAAUGUAGACACUUUAAGCUUCCUUCUGUUUGCUGACUACUUUAAUGCUUUUCCUUUAUUCACAGGCUAGAUAUGACAUAUAUUGCAAGUUAUUAGCCUGACCUAACAUCAUUGUAAGAUGCAAGUUAGCUGGAAUGUGCUGUCACUUGUGAUUUUGAGAAGUUUGGUCAUAGCAAGAGGUUGUGUUAUGUUUACAUUCUCACAAAUAUUGCUCUUAUUUAUAAAGUACUUUUCCACCGAUGUCUUUUUAACUCAUAUUAUUUGAGAGUAGUAUUGUUGGAUACUAGGCAGGAUAGCCUUCAUAUUCUUACUUGAUAUCCAGGUUAUGUGAAUCACUAAAUGUACUAGAGGUGUUGAAAGUUGUUGCACUAUGAUAAAAAAAAUGAAUUUUGAAAUGAAUUUUUUUGAAAAUGAAUUUUUAUGAUUCUGAAUUAAGUAUAUCAAGGAAGUAAACCUUUGGGUGAGUGGAACCAAAAGACACUGGCUUUCCCACAAAUACUGUUUGAACAGUCGGUUGUUUUAAAUUUCCACAUUAUGUUCAUUCAAGUUCUAAUGUUCUUUUCUCCUCUAAAACCACAAUGACAAAGGAAACGUUGCAAUGUGUAUUUAAUUUGAAAAUUCUUUUUCCCCCAUAAGUGGUAGAAAACUGGUAUCCAAGAGCACAUUACACUCAAUUCAGCUGGUACACUGUGUUUGCUGAAACUAACGGCUGAAAGGGAAACACAAAAGCUGAAUUUGAAGAGAUGUUGGAGGAAUUUGAAGAGAAGACAUUACAUGUCAGUUUUCAGCUGAUAUAAUGAAAUUGUAUAUUUACAGAAGCCUAAUUGAAAGGGUUUUGUUCCAGUUGUAAGCUAAGAUGUUAAAAUAUGUGUUAUUUACAUACUCUAGUAAGCCUGUUCUAAAACAUCAUGUUAAUUAUAUCAUGACAUAUGGCAUUGUAACAUUUAUUUCUUCCUAAGGCCAUGAUACAAAGUGCUGUGAAAUGUUUAAAUAUCCUAUUCACGUAUCCAAUCAGACAUUUGAAGCUUAUUUUUCCCUAUGUAUAUGGACUGUUCUAUAUGUAAGCUCCUUUACUGAGUAACUCAGCCAGAUUAAGUAAAAAUAUUCUAGAAUUUGUUCUAUAGAAGCCAUUUCUACACAAGACCCUCACUUGCUCACCAGACCCAUUCACUGAAAAUAAUGCCCUUGCCUAAAACACUGUGAUAUAGUUACCAUGAUAUGCAGUGAUACAGUACAUUCAUUCUGUCUGAAGACAGAAAAUUGCCACCCCUGUCCAAAUGAAUACUCAGCCAGAAUUUAGAGUCUCUAUCCCAGCCUAGCAAAGUAGAUCACAACCUGCUGGUGGUGGUCUGCAUGCUGACCAAAAACUGUUCAUGGAUGUCAAAUUGGGUGUGUGAAGCAUCAAAAUAGAGAAAUAAAUAAAAAACUAUUUGGUGUGGUAGAUCAAUCUGUUUCUGAAGGUCUGUUGGGCUAGUCUGUCAAGGAGAAAGAACCUUAAGGUAACAAUGUCCAGUUUUGCUACAGUUAAUAACUUAAUGAACUAAAAAUGAUUUUCUACAUAUGACACAAAUCUUUGUACAAAAAUAUGCACAGUGCAAUAAUUUAAAAAGGUCUUAACUUUGCAUUUAUAAAUUAUAAAUAUUGUACAUGGUGUGUAAUUUUUCAUGUAUUCAUUUGCAGUCUUUGUAUUUAAAAGAAUCCUUUAUUGUUAUGUUUGUAUAAUAGAACAGUAAUCAUUUAUUAUGAUCUAGGCAAGUUGUAAAUAAAUUCAUAAACCAAACUGCCAGUAUAUAUGCAUAUAUGGGAGUCCUGUUGGGAACCUAUCUUUGUUUUACCUACUGGCCUAAA